AUGGAUUCCCUCCAGGUCGUAGUGGUGGCAUCACCCUUUGUUAACCUGACCCCGCUGUACGAGGUUGACCCCGACGCCGAUGUGCUCCUCAUCGUCCCGCCACGAAACAGCUCUGCCGUUGCCCCGUCCGACCUGCUCGGCGUGAAGCCCAAACAGACCAGCACAGCGCCCCCUAAACCAGGGGUCCGCAUCAAAGUUUCCUCGAAGCACCUUGCCUUGGCAUCCAAGGUAUUAAAGACCAAGCUCUUCGGCUCAGGCAAGCUCCCCAAGCAACCAGAUGGCCGCGUCCACCUUCAACUUAGCGAGGGAUUCGACUCCCAGGCCGUGACGAUCAUCAUGAACGCCAUCCACGGUCGGGGCCCCAGAGUCCCCAAGUCUGUCGACCUCGAUCUUCUGGCCCAACUCGCUCUAGUCGUCGACAAAUUUCAGUUUUAUGACGCUCUUGAGGUCUACGCUGACAGAUGGAUCUCCCGUCUGGCGCACACUCUUCCCCAGUCCUACAACCGCGAUCUCAUUCUUUGGAUCUACAUUUCGUAUGUAUUCCGAAACGAGGAUAUCUUCGCCUCGAUGACCAAAAUCGCUGCCUUGCAGAGCUCGAGACCAAUCCAAACCCUGGGCUUCCCCAUCCGGGAUAAGAUCGUGCAGUCAAUCGAUGGAAGUCGCCAGGCUCUUUUGUCUCGCACACUUGCGACGCUCUACCAAUCUCUGGAGGAACUCGCCAGCGGCGGCCUGAAACCAGCCUCCUGUUCUCACCACGGCACCCACGACUGCGGCGAUUCUUUACUCCUGGGAGAACUCGUCAAGUCUUUGCACCGUCAGCACAUCAGUCUGUGGCAGAAGCCUUCAGCGCCCUUCACCGGUCUGAGCUACGCCUCUGUUGCUGAAGGCGUUGCCUCAGGUCUAGAGCUCUAUCAGCAGCGUCAGCGGGUUGAAGAUUCAGAAGUCCUCUCCACUACAGCCCGACCCAGCACCGCUUCUUCUAGCACAAGCACUCGCCAGGUGCAAACCGUCUGGUCUCAAUCAGAACCCAAGAAGGAGCAUGUUAUUAAAGAAGACCUUCCCGAGUGGAAGAAGAAGAAGAAACAUCUCGCCUCCAAAUCGAACGCCAACCCCGCCUGGGGUAUCAUAAACCUUCCCUCUGUUGGCCCACGCCUGCCCCCCACGCCAGCUGCCAGCCCGGAACUGACGUAUGCCAAGGUUGCUGGGCUGCCGGACUUACCUGGUGCUGGGGCGGGGCUGCAAGCAGACUGUUGGGUAAGGAGGGUUACGGGGAAAUUGGAAGGGGUGGAACAGCUGGGACGGGAGGUCGAGGGGUUGAGGUUGGGCAGGGAUAUAGUCUCUGAGGAUAGCAAUCUGAAGAAGGGGAAAAUGGUGCAAGGGGAUAUGCCGGAAGUUAAUAGUCCAGAUGAGGGGAAUUUGGACACGGAGGAUGAGUCUCAAAGUGGCAACUUGCAUAAGCAGACUCUGAAGAGGAGAUAUGAAUCGCGGAUUGACGACCUGAAAGGGGAAGGUCUGGGGAAGGGCGAGGAGUCCCAGCUUGAGGGGAUUGGUUCAACAGGGGAAAGAUCGCAGAGAGGAGGGCAGUCAGAUAAUGACAACCUGCAGCAAGAAGAGAUGUGGAGAAGGGAUUACUGGAGGGGAGACCUCGUACAACGACUAGAGGGUCUGAGUGGUAGGGAGGGCGACCUGAGCAGUACUUUCCUUGUGAAACAGGGGGAGCUGAAUGGUAAUAGGCCGAAAGGCAUCACCUAUGGUUUGGAGCGAAGGAGUCACAGUCAUUUUGCUCAAAAGUUCCCUGGCACCUAG